AUGAGCUACGGCAAGAAAGACGAAGACGCCGAUUUAGGCCUCGUCAAGGUCGAUCGGACCCAGGUCUUCCAAGAGGCGCGGUUGUUUAACAGUUCCCCGAUACAACCUCGGAAAUGUCGUAUCCUCCUUACCAAGAUCGCACUCCUCCUGUACACGGGGGAGAAGUUCCCCACAAAUGAAGCUACCACGCUCUUCUUUGGCAUCUCGAAGCUAUUCCAGAAUAAGGAUCCCAGCUUGCGACAAAUGGUCCACCUAAUCAUCAAGGAGCUUGCCAACUCCGCCGAAGACAUAAUCAUGGUCACCAGCACCAUCAUGAAGGAUACUGGCGGCAGCGCCGAGUCCAUCUACCGACCUAAUGCCAUUCGAGCUCUGUGCCGCAUUAUCGAUGCUACCACCGUGCAAUCGAUUGAGCGAGUAAUGAAGACGGCAAUCGUGGAUAAGAACCCAUCGGUAUCUUCCGCUGCCCUCGUAUCCUCCUAUCACCUUCUCCCCAUUGCCAGGGAUGUCGUUAAGCGAUGGCAAAGCGAGACCCAAGAGGCUGCAGCCUCGACGAAGUCCUCGGGGGGCUUUUCCCUAGGCUUCUCUGGCAGCCAGAUGCCUGCCAACAACUCGACUAUGACGCAAUACCAUGCCAUUGGACUCCUCUACCAGAUGCGCAUGCACGACAGGAUGGCGCUCGUCAAGAUGGUGCAGCAGUUUGGAGUUGCUGGUGCCGUCAAGAGCGCCGCUGCGGUUGUCAUGCUCGUCCGGUUAGCGGCCCAGCUCGCCGAGGAGGAUGCCUCGCUGAGGAAGCCCAUGAUGCAGCUUCUCGACGGGUGGCUGAGGCACAAGUCGGAAAUGGUCAACUUCGAGGCCGCCAAGGCCAUCUGCGACAUGCGAGACGUUACCGACAACGAGGUUGCGCAGGCCGUGCACGUCCUCCAGCUCUUCCUCACGUCGCCGCGCGCCGUUACCAAGUUUGCGGCGCUCCGCAUCCUCCAUAGCAUCGCUUCGUUCAAGCCCAACGCCGUUAGCCCUUGCAACCCCGAUAUCGAGCUUUUGAUCUCUAACAGCAACCGGUCAAUUGCCACGUUUGCCAUCACGACGCUCCUUAAGACGGGUAACGAGGCAAGCGUUGAUCGAUUGAUGAAGCAGAUUUCGGGCUUCAUGUCGGAGAUUACCGAUGAGUUCAAGAUCACCAUCGUCGAGGCUAUCCGAACCCUGUGUCUCAAGUUCCCGAGCAAGCAGGCUGGCAUGCUCACGUUCCUCAGCAGCAUCCUCCGCGAUGAUGGCGGCUACGAGUUCAAGAGGGCGGUCGUCGAGAGCAUGUUUGACCUGAUCAAGUUUAUCCCCGACUCCAAGGAGGAGGCGUUAGCGCAUCUAUGCGAGUUUAUCGAGGAUUGCGAGUUCACGAAGCUGGCCGUCCGCAUCCUUCACCUGAUCGGGCUCGAGGGCCCCAAGACGGCUCACCCGACCAAGUAUAUCCGUUACAUCUACAACCGAGUGGUUUUGGAGAACGCCAUCGUCCGGGCGGCUGCGGUGACUGCGCUCGCCAAGUUUGGUGUUGGUCAGAAGGACCCCGAGGUCAAGAAGAGCGUGCGCGUGCUUCUUACUAGGUGCCUUGACGAUGUCGAUGACGAGGUCCGUGAUCGGGCUGCGCUCAACCUUAGCCUCAUGAAGGAUGAGGAGGACGAGCUUGCGGAGAAGUUUGUCAAGAGCGACGACAUGUUCUCCCUCCCAUACUUUGAGAACCAACUCGUUCUUUACGUCACGUCGGACGAGAAAUCUACGUUUGAUUCUCCAUUCGACAUCUCCAAGAUCCCCGUCGUCACACGCGAGCAAGCCGACGCCGAAGACAGGACAAAGAAGCUAACGGUGACCACGCCCUCACUCAAGCCUCCCAAGGUCGGCCCCACAAAGACCAGCGCCUCGGGAGCGGACGCCGGAGCGUCGGCCGCAGCUGCUUCUCAGCGCUACGCGCAAGAGCUCAUGCAGAUCCCCGAGAUGCGCGAGUUCGGCAGUGUGCUCAAGUCGUCUCUCCCCGUCGAGCUCACGGAGGCCGAGACGGAAUACGCCGUCAGCGUGGUCAAGCACGUGUUCAAGGAGCACAUCGUCCUCCAAUACGACGUCAAGAACACGCUCCCCGACACGGUGCUCGAGAACGUGUCGGUCGUGGCGACCCCGGCGGACGACGAGGAACUGGAGGAGGUCUUCAUCAUCCAGGCGGAGAAGCUGGCGACCGACGAGCCCGGCAAGGUGUACGUGGCGUUCCGCAAGGUCGAGGGCGAGGGCGCGCUCCCCGUCACGCAGUUCUCCAACGUGCUCAAGUUUACUAGCAAGGAGAUCGACCCCGCCACGGGCGAACCCGAGGAGACGGGUUACGACGACGAGUAUGAGGUUGCCGAGUUUGAGUUGGCGGGGAGCGAUUAUGUGGUGCCGACUUUUGCCAGCAACUUUAAUCAUAUUUGGGAGCAGGUUGGUGCCGCGGGCGAGGAGGCGCAGGAGACUUUGCAGCUCAGCAGCGUCAAGAGCAUAUCAGAUGCUACGGAACAACUCAUCAAGGCGCUCUCCCUACAAGCGCUCGAGGGUACAGACGUGCCCGUCAACCAGACCACGCACACUUUGAAGCUCCUGGGCAAGACGGUGAAUGGAGGAAGGGUCAUCAGCAGCAUCAGGAUGGCGUACUCGGCCAAGUCUGGAGUCACGAUGAAGAUUGUGGUAAGGGCCGAGGAGGAGGACGUGGCUGCGUUGGUUAUCGCUUCGGUGGCUUAA